AUUGGGUCCUACACAUUGACAGUGUGUAUGGUCCUACAGAGCUUCCGUAGCCGACAUGGCGUUCCUGCUAGAAGUUGUUGUGUUUGCUGUUUUACUUUUGUGUUUGUUAUUUAUUAUCCGGUUAUAUAUAGUUGUGAAGACAGGGUCAAAGUGUCGACCUGGAGCUAAAGGUCCGGUCGCUGUUGUUGUCGUUGCGGGAUCAGGCGGUCACACCUCAGAGAUCCUGCGGUUGAUGGAGUGCCUUUCUGCAGCAUACAUGCCUCGGCACUAUGUUAUAGCAGACACUGACAGGAUGAGUGAGGAGAAAAUCUGUGCCUUUGAAAGCUCUAAACAACACUCAGACCCUGAGUCCCAGUUCACCAUCUGCCGGAUCCCACGGAGCCGAGAGGUGCAUCAGUCUUGGAGUUCCUCUGUUAUCAGCACACUGAACGCCCUGCGCUACUCCCUUCCUCUGGUGUUCAGACUCAGACCUGACAUGGUGCUGUGUAACGGCCCCGGGACCUGCGUUCCCCUGUGUGUGGCAGGACUACUGCUUGGAAUUCUGGGAAUGAAGAAAGUCCUGAUAGUUUAUGUUGAAAGCAUUUGCCGGGUGCGGACGCUGUCACUCACGGGGAAGAUCCUGUACCCCAUAUCGGACUAUUUCUUUGUACAGUGGUCCCCUCUGAGGGACAAAUACCCCAAAUCCAUUUUCCUUGGAAGGAUAGUGUGAAAAUGUCUGUUACCUAAAGUAUACACAAAUGUAAGAUCAAAUAUGUUGUAAUGGUCAUGGAUAAAUGCUAUUUUUUAUUGUUGAAUUAUGUUUAUACGUUAUGAUUCAUUGUGCAACAUACUUGCAGUUACAUAGAAAAACAUUCAUAAUUGGUAAGAUUAUAGAAAGUAUUAUUGAGGAGCAUCAUUUCUAUAGCCUACAGGAGGUCCUUUUCAGGUCUUAUCAGAAUCUUAAUUGCAUUGUUUUACAUGUUUAUUGUUAGAUAACAUGAGAUAUUUUAACUGUAAUACAAUCAAAUACAACAA